AGUAGCCGAAGUUAUUUCUGUGGGACCGGUUCGUGUUUCUGUGGAGUCUGCAAAAAUUUGGUGUUGUACUCUUACCCUAAUAAAUAUUUAACAAAAAAAAAAAGUUUAAAAAAAAUUACAUAUAGUACUAACACCCCAUAUUAUCCAACCAGUUAAUCCCUAUACUUUUCAUUAACUUACAUUGUGUGGUGUGUUCUUGUGAAUUGUACAUAAUUUAGGAUAUAUAAAGAAAAAUAGUGCAUGUGAAAAUUAUGGUGGAGUUUGAGAGGAAAAAUCUCGUUGAAAAUCUCUACUGUGGAAUAAACAUACAUAGUUAUUAGGAAUAAAAUUUAAAUGAAAAAAAUGGAUCAAUAGCAAAUUAUGUACAUUGUGCUUUCAAGAAUUUAUUAAGAAAGUUUCUUAGCAAAAUAAUUAUGAAAAAAAAUUACAUACGUGACUUGGAGUGUUUGUGAAAUUGUAGUGAAAAGUUAAGAGAAAAAAGAGUUUUUUUCAAAUAAAUAUUCAAAAAAGACGCUCCAUGAAAUCUUCCAUGGAAGGAAAAGACGUUAAAAAGGAGCUUUCAAAUUUCGUGGGUGGAUUCGAAAAAAAAGAAAGAGUCUUUUGGUCAGGAGAAAAUUAGCUCGCUCAGUUAAAUUUUCUCGGUGUAUGGAGCAAUGUACAUAAAUAUAUUAGCAGUAAAUUGAUCUAGAAAAAAAAGGGAGAAUAAACUGAACAUCGGAUGUAUUUUAGUGCGAAAAGAUAAACUUUAAAAUAGUUAACAAAUGUUACGAGUGGAAAAAAAUGAAUUUCAGUGAAAAACUUUUGCGUCUGAGAUGAUGCAGAACAAUUUCUCAGACAUCUCCGGACUGUGCUGAUAGGAAAAAAAAGAAAUUCUUUUGUGCUACAAAACUUGUGGAUGAUUCUCAUGUUUGUCGUCACGAAGGCAAAAUGACAGAUGCAAUUACACCGAAUGAAGGCACAGCGGGACCUAAACAGCAGGUUGUGGCGUAUACGGAGAAAUCGCAGGAUAAGCAUGAAUCACGGCAUAUUCAGCUUGUCCGGGAGUAUGGCUUCCAUCCACGUUCGAAGGUAUCAGUGGAGGAUGGGGCGGUUCUGCCAAAGAAGUUUGAACCCUUCCCUGAGAAUAUGUACGGUCGACCUCUCGAGGAGAUUGAUAAUUUCAUCUACGAGGAGACUUUCUGUGUUGUAUCAAAGCGCUUCCGUAAGAACUACAUCCAUCGCUUCACGGGCACCAAGAGUCUGUUCUGCUUUACUCCUUGGAGUCCAACGCGACGUGCCUGCGUGUACCUGGCCACCAAUCAAUUCUUCGACUACAUCGUGAUGACCACGAUCCUCCUCAACUGUGUCUUUCUCGCCAUGACUGAGACUGUGGAGGAGGCAGAAUAUAUAUUCUUGGUGAUCUACUCAGCUGAGAUGGUAAUUAAAAUUAUUGCCAAAGGGUUUGUUCUGAAUAAAUACACGUACCUGAGAAAUCCAUGGAACUGGCUGGACUUUGUUGUAAUUACCAGCGGCUACGCUACAAUAGGCAUGGAAGUUGGAAAUUUGGCUGGAUUGCGAACAUUUCGUGUGCUGAGAGCACUCAAAACUAUUUCCAUAAUGCCAGGACUUAAAGUCAUCAUCAACGCACUCCUUCAUUCAUUUCGUCAAUUAGCGGAAGUAAUGACUCUUACAAUUUUCUGUUUGAUGGUUUUUGCCCUUUUUGCUCUCCAGGUUUAUAUGGGAGAGCUUAGAAAUAAAUGUGUUAGACAUCUUCCAGAGGACUGGAAUAGUACAGCAGAAGAAUGGAUGAGUUGGGUGAAUGAUACCGAAAAUUGGAUAUACGAUGAAGAAGGAAUUCCUUUAUUGUGUGGAAAUCUAACCGGUGCCCGUCACUGUCCUUCAGGCUACACGUGUUUAUGUAUAGGCGAGAAUCCAAAUUACGGUUACACAAGUUUCGAUAAUUUUAUGUGGUCCAUGCUCACCACUUUCCAGCUAAUAACCCUCGAUUACUGGGAAAAUGUUUACAAUAUGAUUUUAGCCACAUCUGGCCCCAUGAGUGUUACUUUUUUCACCGUCGUCGUUUUCUUUGGUUCCUUCUAUCUCAUUAACCUAAUGCUGGCCGUCGUGGCGCUGGCAUAUGAAGAGGAAGCACAAAUAACACUUGAGGAAAGAAAAAAAGACUUAUUAGAUCACAGGGAUGAUUCCACAUUCAGUUUCGAUCCGUCCAAAUUGAAUGUGAAGAAAUUAAAUAAGAAUCAAAGGAAGAAGAUUGACACACGCAAAGGAGUCCUCCUUGCCAGCUACUCACGUAAGAAGACACGAAAGAGAAAAGUGAAAACAAAGGAGGGCAAUAGCAACAAUCAGCCAAAAAAUGGACGAUCCGUGACACCAAGUCCAAGUCCAAGUCCACGUGCAGCUUUAGCCAUACAGCGGGGUCGAGGGGUGACCGUUCAGAGCACAACUCAAAAUCCCAACACCCUCCAUCCACUAGGAGCCAAUUACAGGGGUCAACUUCUACCCACCAGUCGCCAGGCGAGCUCCAAUGCCAGCGAGGGUGGUGGAGUAAAUCGUGAGUCUUCCCUCGAUGAUUCUGGCGUUGUGGAUGACCACGAUGAGCAGGAUUUGGCUAUGGAGUUGCUUCAUGCGGCCAAUAUUGAGCAACUCCAUCGGGAUGUAACGCCCGUUACGUUGGCGCUAUCACCGCGAGAAGUGCGAAUAAUCAAGUGCAACGGAAAUAUUGCACGGAUGAAGAAGCACAACGUGUAUGCUCUUCAUCCUGAAUAUCUAUCACAAAUUGUUGUUCUAGAUGAUCUUCCUGAUCGAAACUGUGACAGAUGUGUUCAAUGCUGUAUAGACUACGAGGGCUGGCUACAGUUCCAAAAUGUUUUAUACAAAGUAGUUAAGGAUCCACUGUUUGAAUUAGCAAUUACGUUAUGUAUAGUCCUAAAUACAAUGUUCUUAGCGUUAGAACAUCACGGAAUGAGUGAGAAUAUUCGUCAAGCCUUAGAUAUUGGAAAUAAAGUGUUCACGUCAAUUUUUACUUUCGAAUGCAUUAUGAAGCUGAUGGCUUUGUCUAAAGACUUUUUCCUAUGUGGCUGGAAUAUCUUUGAUUUAAUCAUCGUAUCUGCCAGCCUAUUGGAUAUUAUUUUUGAACUUGUUGAUGGGCUGAGUGUUCUCAGAGGCCUGAGAUUGUUGAGAGUCCUCAAAUUGGCUCAAUCAUGGACAACGAUGAAAGUUCUUCUUAGUAUUAUAAUAUCGACAAUAGGUGCUCUUGGAAAUUUGACUCUCGUAUUAGUGAUAGUUAUUUAUAUAUUUGCCGUCAUUGGAAUGCAACUUUUCUCCAAAGACUAUACACCUGAUAAAUUUUUUCCUGAUCCCGUUCCCAGAUGGAACUUCAACGAUUUUUUUCAUUCCUUCAUGAUGAUUUUUCGUAUUCUAUGUGGAGAAUGGAUUGAACCCUUGUGGGACUGCAUGAGAGCUGAGGAGAAAGAUGGUGCCUCGUCGUGCUUUGCCAUCUUCCUACCGACACUCGUAAUGGGAAAUUUUAUGGUGCUGAAUUUGUUCUUGGCCUUGUUGCUCAACAGUUUCAAUUCGGAGGAGCUUAAAUCGAAAAAAGAGGAAGUUGGUGAAGAGUCUAAAUUGGCGAGGAGUUUCGAAAGAAUUCGCUCAAUUGUGCGGAAGAAGCGAUUGAUGAAGAAGCAGAAUGAAAAGCCAAAACUCGAGGAUAUCGUCAGUGAAGUUAUGGUGACACGUAGGAGCAACAAGGAGCGACUCAAGACUGCUGAUAAACACUACUUAUCCGUGGAAAUUCAACAAAAGACUCUCUAUAGGCAUAGUUAUCAGGAAUCGCUUAACAGACCAAUUUCUGGGUCAGAUUUUGGAUUAGAUAUCCCCUUAAACCCUAAAGGACACCUUCAACCAAUAACAGGAAGUCAGGAGACUUUUCGUGAAGUGGACGAUCGUCAAUUUCGUGAAGAUCAGUUGGAGUAUGAUGAUCUCAAGCCCCCAGCUCCGAGUGAACGAAAGCUUUUGCAUCAAAUAUCAUCUGGUUUUGGAACACAGCAGAAUGAUAGUCGCGACGAAGGAACAGCAACGGAAUCAAUUGAAUUGCGAACGUUGGGACCAAUAAAUUCCACAGACACCGAUCCUGGGGAUCUCAAUAUGACUGAGAUUGAUCACUACGAGGAGCCAAGUCAGAAGGUGGAAGAGCCAACGGUACGAUCACCCGUGACACAGCUAAGUGUAUCGCCACAGUCGAGACGAUCGAGUCAGCGAUCGAGUCAACGAUCGCGUAGUUUCAAGGUUCAAAAAACCGACGUAUCCCCUUCGAAAGUUGCGGAUCACGGUGAUCCGGAUGAGUUGCCAAAUCAAAUGAAUUUACGCGAUGAAUUGCUGAAUUGCGAGCAAAAGGAAUUGUGGCAAUUUCUCAGUGAUGACUUCGACACCAGCAAUAACUACUUCAGCGAAACCGUUGGGUAUGGAAGUGCCCUCAUUGAUCCCGAAACGGAUAGUUUGGUCUUCGAUGAUGGACGUCGCGAUGACUCCGUCUUUUCCGACAGGAAGGUCUCAAGUGCGAGUCUUCGAUCGAAUUUGAGUAACAUCUCAAAUUCCAUUUUCCAGACGUUGGAAAUAAAACGCGGCAGCUUAGCCGGUUCAACGGAUAAGAUGUACCACGACCGGAAGCCACUGGUGGAGACGUCGGAAUUUGAUCAUUUAAUCGAGAGCUUUGACAAAGAAAUGACUGAUCUCAAGAAACAAUCUUCCCUUUCUUUGGAACGUAAACCCUCAACUAAGGUGGGUCACGAUAAGACAGCUUCCCUUCCAGCCACCCUCGAGGGUGGUGGUGAUAUUGUACGACGACGCCCGAAGGCCGCACCAACGGCUCCCGUCGAUAGGGGUAGUAUUAAGAUCAAACGACGCAGCUUGGAGAAGCAAAAGAAAAUAUCCGAUGAUGAUUUUCACGUAUCGGCGGAAAUAAAAAGAAUCUGUGAUCAACUGCAGGCACCCAUUGGCAGCGAUAUGGGUGGAUUGAAGCCAAAAUCCGACUUUCAUGCCUCGUUUGAGCGCAUCAAGCGAGCUAGUCUUAUUGAGCGCGUUGAGGAAGUUGAGGAGAGGCAACCGCUAAAGGUUGAAAGUGAAAAAUUACCACGGAAGUACCUGGGUAAGGAAUUGAGCCUGGAGCCGCUUCCACUUAAAAUUUGCCACAGUCAGGAGAAUGUUAAAAUGUGUGCUUCACCUCUGCCAAAAUCUGGGAAUAUUUUCCCUGGGAAACAUCGUCAAGUUGAUGCUGUUAAGACUGUCACACUAAAAGAUGUUGACUCCUCCGAUAAGUCUGAUAGCGAUUCCCGAAAAACGACAAAAGGAAAGAGCCCCAAAUCCGAAAAGAAGAAAACGACUGAGAAACCAUGGCACUGUUUGGUAUCAUACGUGGACGAUCUGACGGUUGGUGGUCGACGAAAUUCCAAAGGGUGCUAUGAGGAUCCCAUGUCCUUCCCCAGCUUCGGGCGUAAUCGCUCGCAGAAGGUACCACAGGAUUGUUUCCCGCAACGUUGCUAUGAACGAUGUCCGUGCUUCCAGCGUUUCCUGAAUACACCCCUUGGUAAUGUGUGGACAGCCGUACGUACAGCCGUUCUCACCAUCGUGGACACCCCGACAUUCGAAUGGUUCGUCCUGGUGCUUAUUUUCGCCUCCAGCAUCACCCUCUGCUUCGAGGACAUCCACCUGGAUUCCAAUGUGCGCCUCAAGAAGAUUCUCUAUUGGACCAACUUUGGCUUCUGCAUCAUCUUCAUUGUUGAAAUGGUACUCAAGUGGAUUGCACUGGGUUUCACCAAAUACUUCACGAGCUUCUGGACAAUAUUGGAUUUUAUCAUUGUUUUCGUGUCCGUCUUCUCACUACUCAUUGAGGAGAAUGAAAACCUGCGGGUACUCCGCUCGUUGCGGACACUGAGAGCACUCCGGCCAUUACGUGCCAUCUCACGAUGGCAGGGAAUGAGAAUUGUAGUGAAUGCUCUCAUGUACGCGAUUCCUUCGAUUUUCAAUGUCCUCCUUGUGUGUCUCGUCUUUUGGCUCAUUUUCUCCAUCAUGGGCGUCCAAUUUUUCGGCGGGAAAUUCUUCAAGUGCAUCGACGAUGACGGUGAACUCCUCCCCAUUGACAUUGUGAACGAUCGACAGCAAUGUUUUGCCCUCAACUACACGUGGAUCAAUUCGAAGAUCACCUUUGAUCACGUUGGAAUGGGCUACUUGGCCCUUCUCCAAGUGGCCACCUUUGAGGGAUGGAUGGAAGUAAUGGCGGACGCUGUUGAUGCCCGUGGUGUUGAUCUACAGCCCCAACGUGAGGCCAAUUUGUAUGCUUACUUCUACUUUGUGAUCUUCAUCGUAUGCGGAUCGUUCUUCACUCUCAAUCUCUUCAUCGGAGUGAUCAUUGACAAUUUUAAUAUGCUAAAGAAAAAGUACGAGGGAGGAGUGUUAGAGAUGUUUCUCACAGAAUCGCAAAAGCACUAUUAUACGGCAAUGAAGAAAUUGGGUCGCAAAAAGCCCCAGAAAGUAAUUAAGAGACCUAUUAAUCAAUUCUUGGCGAUGUUCUACGACUUAUCAAACUCGCGAAGAUUUGAAAUAGCAAUUUUUGUGCUGAUCUUCCUCAAUAUGCUGACAAUGGGAAUUGAACACUACAACCAGCCACAUGCUGUGUUCUUUAUUCUCGAAGUGAGCAACGCGUUCUUCACAACAGUCUUCGGCUUGGAGGCAAUUGUGAAGAUCGUGGGACUGAGAUAUCACUAUUUCACUGUGCCAUGGAAUGUCUUUGACUUCCUCCUCGUGCUCGCGUCCAUACUUGGCAUACUCAUGGAGGACAUCAUGAUUGAUUUGCCCGUUUCCCCAACUUUAUUGCGGGUGGUGCGGGUGUUUCGUAUUGGGCGAAUUUUGCGCUUGAUUAAAGCGGCCAAGGGUAUACGGAAGCUGCUAUUUGCACUGGUUGUCUCCCUACCGGCAUUGUUCAACAUUGGCGCCCUUCUUGCACUAAUUACCUUCAUCUACGCCAUCCUGGGCAUGUCACUCUUUGGCCACGUUCGCCUGCAGGGUGCCCUCGAUGAUAUGGUGAACUUCCAGACAUUCAGCCGAAGUAUGCAGCUCUUGUUUCGCCUGAUGACAUCAGCUGGGUGGAAUGAUGUCCUCGAAUCACUGAUGAUUCAACCACCAGACUGCACAUUGGGAAGCUCAUCGUCAAAUGGGGACUGUGGGCAUCCCCUGUUGGCCAUCACCUACUUCACCAGCUUCAUCAUCAUCAGCUACAUGAUCGUCAUCAACAUGUACAUCGCCAUAAUCCUCGAGAACUUCAACCAGGCGCACCAGGAGGAGGAGAUUGGCAUUGUGGAGGAUGAUCUUGAGAUGUUUUACAUACGCUGGUCAAAAUAUGACCCACACGCCACACAAUUCAUACACUUUUCCCAACUUUCCGACUUCAUAUCGUCACUGGAUCCCCCCUUGGGUAUCCCAAAGCCCAACACAGUGGCACUUGUGUCAUUCAAUCUACCAAUUUCGAAGGGCAACAAAAUACACUGUCUCGAUAUACUGCACGCACUGGUGAAACAUGUACUGGGUCACGUGGAAGAGACGGACAACUUUAAGCAGUUGCAGGAGCAGAUGGACAUCAAGUUCAAGAAACAAUUCCCCACACGCAAAGAGCUUGAGAUAGUCAGUUCGACGCGUGUGUGGAAGAGACAGGACAAGGCGGCUAAAUUGAUUCAGGGCACAUGGAGGGAAUACUUGCGACUGAAGCGCGAACGCGAAAGAUCACCAACACUGGAUGAUGAACACACUCAAACCUCGAGUCCUGGCGGGUGGCAGAGCAAAUUGCAGGCGCUCAAUUUUUUGCAUUUGCAAGUCCACAGACGCGGCACCGCCACAUCGAGUCGCGCAUCCUCGCGGAAGUCGUCUCGAUGCAGUGAGGGAUCGGAUUUGAGCGAGUUAACUGGGCCCUGGCUUAAUUUACCUCUGAUGUUAGUUUCUGGAACUGGUGACCUGGUCAAAGAUAUGAAAAAUCAACAGCAAAACGGAGACGGAGGCACACCUGGACAGCCAGAUGUAAAGCCAGUACGUCGUAGGAGCUUCUACAACUUCUUCCUACGUCAUCAGGAUGCAGUAGAUGAUGUUGCAGCAUCACCAUCUGUCCUUAGGAAGAGUGUCACGCCAAGUGGGACAAUUGUGUCUCUCAAUAACACUGAUGAGAAAUGCGAAGUUGUACAGAGCUCAUCAACACCUAAAGCCAAAAGGGCCACAAGCUUCAUUAAAAAGAAACCGCCUUUAGAGCGCGGCCUUUCAGCACAAAGCGCACUGCGAGUCAAUAGAAAUGCUUUCGUUUCCGAUGGACCAUCUGGCCUUACGACAGAUGUUAGUAUCCUUGUUACGGAACCAUCACCAGACACCCCACACAUUCCUGGUGAUCAUCUACAGGCUGAUCAAACACUGGUCCAUGUACUCGUUCAUCGUGAGAGCGAGGAAUAUCACACAGACGUCGAAGAGAGUGGAAAACCCGCAGUAAAUGAUCAAGUGAGGCGUAGACCACCUGAUUUGCCGCCACAGGACGAUGUCCACACAUUCGGACCGCCAACUUCAACCGUUACAAUUAUGGUGGAUAGCCCAAAGGAGCCACCAGUUGGGGAUUUCUCACCCUCAAGCGUAAUUGAUGUGAAUGAGCCAAUUGACGUUAAUAUGCCGGUCGAUACGACAAACAUCUUCUACGACUACGAUGAGACUGUAGCGCGUGACGAUGCACGCGAAUGUGAUGAUCACACAUCUGAUGACGAGAGGUGACUACAGAGGGCAGAAUGGCAACAAACGGACAAAAGGGCACCAUCAGACAGUUGACAAUCUUCAAAUUCCUGAGUAUUUUUUAAGCUAGAGAGAAUUUUUAGGGAAUUUCCGCUGCGGAAUGAAAUUUCAAAUUUAACUGAAUCAAUGAGUCGUGGGGUCAAUCCUCUAGGGGUUUUCUCCUUAAGUCUCUCCAAAUGUUAGAAUGUUAGGAUUUUACUGUAUUAGAUAGCAAAAUGUCAGAAAUGAGAAUGAAUUAUAUACGAAAAAAAUUGAAAAUUAUAUAAAUAAAAUAUAAAAUACCAUCUCUAAAAGACUUUGAAGCAAUCAUCAUGCAUUUUAAUCCGAAGAAAGUGAAAGAAAUCGAAAGUUUCGAAUGAAAAGAAAAUAAAUAGAAAAAUAGACCAAAAUAUAACAAAAAAAAAGAUUUAUAACAAUAGAAAUAGGUUGAAAAAAAAGCGAAGAUUAACAUUUAAAAAAAAAACUUCCAAUUUGAAAAAACAAGAAACAUAAAAAGCAUAAUUAAUAGAAUUUUUCUCAAUGAAAGCAGAAAGUAACGCAUGGCACAUUUUUGAAAAUUUUCAAAUCGAAAAAAACAAAACUUUUCAAAACAAACAGCUCUUCAAUUCGCCAAUGCACGCCUAAAUAUUUUUUUUUACAUUCAUAAUUUCAAAAUUUUAAAAUAUAAAUACUUUUAAAUUUUUCAAUUAAGUCCUACUCCGAUGGAAUUUUCCAUACCAAAAUAGCGCAUUUUCAAUUUGAUGAAAAAAAAAAGAAUUAUUGAAACGAAUUUAUAUUAAAGAAUUAAGUAAACAAAAAAAAAGUAAAUUUCGAAAAUGUUUAAAUAGGAACAUCAUGGUAAAGUGCAUAUUCUAAUAAUUUGUAUAGAAGAAGCGAGAAUUCCGUAAGAUUCUAGAAAAUAUAGAAUUGAAGUUAUUUUCUAUAUCAAAUAAAUUUUCAUUAAAAAAAAGAAGAAACAACGUGAACCGUUGGAAAAGUAAUCUAAAUGGGACAUUUUCUUGUUCAAUGAAUUUUCCAAAAGAAAAAAAAAAUAUACAACAAUUUGUAAAUAUUGAAAAAAACAUUCAAAAAAUGAAUGAAUUACAAGAACUUUUACUCUGUCAAUUAGCUAAAGAUGUCGAUAAUUUUUUAAAUUAAAAAUGAAAAAAUUUUCCCUUUUUUCCUUUUAUUUACUGUAGUUACAAAGAAAAAAACAAAGAACUACAUUAAAAAAAAAACCUUCGCAAGACUUUCUCGCGUAAAAUAUAAAUUUAAUUCUUCUAGAAAACGAGCUUAUUUUUCUAUAACUGUAACAAAUGGGGAAAAAACAUUGAAGAAAAUCAUUUAAAAGUGUCAUUAAAAUUACAUUGAAAUAAAAUACAAAAAUUAACACGCAAACGCCGUUUUUUUUUGUUAAUAGCGCAUAAACAAAGCAGAGCAAAAUAUCUAAAAACAACAUAAUUUAGGUAAAGAAAACAAGAUCAUUUCACUAGGAUUUAUAUAUAUUUUAGAAAGAAAGAAAAAAAACAGAAGAUAUAGAAAAAAAAAAGUUUCUUAUUUAAAAAAUAUAUAUAUAUAUUGCUGCGCAGUUCGAUUGAACUGAAUCAGAAUAAUUUGUUAACAAAAACUGAUGAAAAUUUGUAAAUAAAUGCCGAAGUUUAUCAAAUUUUAGGAAAUUUAUGAGAGAUAAAAGAAUUAAACCUAUCGCUUGUUGGGUAUAUAUCAAUUUUAGGGUGGUUUUUUCUUGAUGGUAUAUUCAUAAAAGCUUUGAGAAUGAUGACAAAACCACAAAAAACAACAAUUAUGGGACACAAAAAGGGGUUAGUCAUUGUUAAAUAUUUUUCCUUUCAAAAUAUGUACAAAUUUUUCACUUUAAAACAAAAAAUAUUUUUCCAAAAUACUUCCAGAAAUCUCUCAUCUAUCUACAAUCUUAGUCCAUAUCACAAAAUAAAAAACUUUUCACAUAUCAAAAAAAGAUAGUUGCAAGAAAUAGUUUAAAUAAAUAUUUAAGCUGGGGGCUUGAAAGUCUUUUAACUUAAUUUUUAGAAGUUAUUUUUUUUUCUUGUUAAAAAUCUUUUAUUUUGUUUAGAAAAGGAAAAAGAUCUUCGGCCUUAUUUUUUUUUAAAGGGCUGACCAUCUAAUUUUCAGAAUUAUUGCAAAAAAAAACAGAAAAUGCUUAGGGGUCGAUAACCUCCUGAUCUAACGAUUAAAACCAUUAAAAAGUUUCAAAAUAAUCUUCCAAAAAAAACCAUUUUGCAUUUAAAGGAAAAUUCUAGGCGUAGAUCCUGAGAAAAGUCUUUUCUUUUCUUACAAGUCGUCAGUUAUAAGAUUUUUGAUAUUCUAAGAAAAAUCUUUUAUUUUAUUUCUACGUUUCAUCGUAUUUUUGAAUGAAAAUUACUUUCUGGCUAUUUUCCUGAACAACAAAUUCUUUGUUUUUGUUUUUUAGAACGAUAAUAGAACGAUUUAAAAACACCCAUCUGUCAAAAUCUUACAGCAACUUAUCAGUUUUUAGAAGAGAAAAGAUUUUUAUCAGUAUCGACAUAUUUUUUUUUAAAGAAGUUUCUUUCCGAAUUCAAUUAAAAAAUAAUCUAUGGAUACUAUUCAACACCUUAGAAAAACUUGAAAUUCUGAUUUUGAAUUUGAAUUUGAAUUUAUAUUAUUUUUAUUUGAAUUAUAGUCUUGGAUUUCUCUUUUCCUUGAAACUUUGUCCAAACCGAAUAUUAAGGCAAAUGAUAAAUCUAUUUUGAAGAAAAAAUCUCAUGAUUUAAAAGCUUUCGGCAAUUUGUUAAUUUGAAGAAUAUUUUGUCGUAGAAUAGAAUCCAUGCAUCCAUUGCUUUCUAUUCUGUAGAACUUUAGUCAAACUUAUUGAUUUAGAAAGAUUUUUUUCAGAAGGAAAAGGAACCUCCAUCUCUCUUUUUUUGCAAAAUAAAUAAAUAAAUAAUUAAAUAAAUGAAGGAAUCACGACGUUGGUUUCAGCCAGGGUUUGUCGUUAACGGAGCUUACAAGAAAAUAAGAAUAAACUACAAGUAGCGUUUUUAGGAAAUGCUUCAACAACAUCCUUGCCAUAGUUCCAAACCUUUGAAACCAAACUCCCACAUAGUAGCUUGUAAAAAAAAAUUAGCGACGUUAAUUGAAGCAUUAAAGAAACUACUAACGUAAAGAAAAUGUAGGAAAACCAGAGGAACCAACUUGAACAAAAAGUAUAAUAUUCAACAGAAUAGCAACUGCUUCAGAAUUAAAUAAAAAAAAAAAACAUUAAACUUCUUUGCAAAAUUUCAUUUUCCAAAUGAAAAAAUCAUUAAAUGUACAAAAUAUCAUAGAAUGACUAACCCCUCAAAAAAAUAUUUGCAAUGUGAGGAUAAAAUUGAAAUAGAAACAAAUUGAUUGCAUUGGGAAGAAAGCACAUUUUAAUGCCUAAAAUGCCAAGCAAAAAUAAAUGGAAAGUAUCAUUAUUAAAAAUAAAAUUUCAAGAGAAUUUUUUUUUAUAAAAAUUGCAAAAAGGAAAAAAGCGAAUUUUGACAAUAUUAUUACGAUGAGAAAAAAUAUAAAAAUGAUAUUAAUUCUAGAGAAAUAGAAAUUAGUUGUAAAAAAAAUUUAAUGAAUUGUUAACAUUUUACUUAAAAGAAUAUAUUUAAAAAAAAAUUGCUAGAACAAAAAAAAACAUAAUAAACUAACUAAAAUGAAUAAAUAAAAGGCCUACGAGUAUUUACAAACUUAAGAGAAAAAAAUAAACUAAUUAUCCUAAUGAAUGAAAGAAUAUUAAAAAAAAUGAAUUAUUAAUAAAAAGAAAAUUCAAGUUUGUUGAUAUUUUUCAUCAAAAAUUUUAUUUUUCAUUUAAUUUUAUUAGAAUGAAAAUAGGAAAAUAUUAUUAAAAAAUAUAUAUAUUAAAAAGAAAGUUCUAGCGGAAAGAAAAUCAAAUUUAAAACGAUUUAUUAUAUUAAUUAAAAUCACAUCGCAUUUUAAGUCUGCCAAGUUAAUUAUCUCGAUCAUAAGAUAUUUUAUACUAAAAAAAAAAUGAAAAAAAAUCACCUUUUCUAUAUUUUUUCUUUUAAAUGAGAAAGAAAUUUUAAUUAUAUAGAAAAAAAAUAAAAAGAUUUCGCGACUAUCCAUAAAAUGAAAAAAAAUGGGAUUAACUUAAUAGAAAUAAAAAAAAUCUAUAGAGAAAAAGUGCUUAAAUGAAUGAACUUAUAGAGAUGGAAAGUUAAUUAUUUAUUUUAAAUGAAAAAAAAGUAUAAUAAGUACAAAAGAAAAAUAUCUAAUUCUUCAGUGUAUAUAUACUUUUGUAAAUAAAACAGAAAGAGAAACAAUUUCCCCCAUUCGAAGAAUUAAAAGAAAGAAAACCAAGUUAUUCAGCAUGUGAAUAAAUAGCAAUAUUUUAUUUGUAUGAGAAAUUCAUCGAAAUUUUGAAAAGAAAAAAAUGUUUAAAUUGUUUGAGCGAGAACGGGAAGAAACAAUAAAAUUGUGAGA